GAGUUAAUUGCAUGUUGUUAAAAGCGAUAGAGUCAUUCAUGCAGCAAGGGCAAUGGGUGUCAAGCAGUCUCGCAGUUUCUCCAGCAAGGACUUGAAUGAGGUGAGUUUGGGCCCAAGGGGGAAGAGUGUGAUGAGGGACGACCAACCCAGCGUGUCUUCAGCUGCCGAGAGGAUCCGUAAACACACCACCGUGCACUUUGGCUACAGCACCCUGAGUUUAGUCAUGCAGGGGCUCGAUGAAACCCCCACGGAGCUGUGGGAGCUCCGGGAGCUUCAGAAGCUCAACCUGUCCAUGAACUGUCUGUGCUCUGUGCCUUCUGGUCUGGGUGCUUUGGACAAUCUGGUGAUACUCAACCUGUGGGGGAACAACCUGUCCAGCCUCCCGCCCGAGAUCGGCCUCCUCAAGAAGCUGCGCGUGCUCUUCGCGUGUCGCAACCGCCUGAGGGAGGUCCCGGAGGAGCUGGGCUCCUGCACGCGCCUGGAGGUGCUCAGCCUGGCCAACAACCAGAUCACGGGCCUCCCCGGAAACUUUGCGGCGAUGAACAGUCUGACUAAACUCAACCUCAGCCACAACCGCAUCGUUCACAUCCCAGCCUGUGUCUACAGCAUGAAGGGCUUGGUCUUCCUCCACCUGGCCUCCAACCGCCUGGAGACGAUCGCAGAGCAGAUCCAGGACCUGGUGAACCUAAAGAUCCUCAUCGUAGAGGGAAACAGUAUACACACCUUACCUAAAACUCUCUGCUUCAUGGAGUCUUUGGAACUCCUCAAUGUUGACUUCAAUGACCUGCAAAAUGUGCCAGAAGAAAUGUACUUACUCAGCAGGCUCAAGCGUUUGGCCUGCCACCCACUAGAUAAAGGACUCCAUAUUAUUCAUAACCCCCUCCUUAAGCCUAUCCAGGAGGUGCUGCAAGGAGGACUCAGUGCCCUCUAUAAGUACCUCAAGGCCACAUGAGGGACGGCCGCUGUGUGUUUGCGUGACAUGAAAUAAUGUUGACACAACUUUGAGUCUUGGCACAUGGCAAGUCAUGCACCGAAUCUACUAUUACCUCAAACUAACCGCUUAAAAUAUCCUCCAAGAAAUAUAAACUCCAAGAGAGCAUUACUCAAUCAACCUGUCAGUUUGUCCCGCGUGGUAGACGACUCUGGGACCUGUUACUCA